AUGACGUCUAUUACUUGUUUCCGAUUAUCUUUUAAAGAAAACGAAACUGAAAAGAUAUUUUAUGUUAGAGCUAAUUGGAAAGUUGAUCCUUUAAAAGGUCUAUUAGGUCGUGAUGAAAAAGUUAUUUGUGAGUUAGCCGUAACUGACUGUAAAUCAUUUUGGACGCGAAAUGUUACCAUAAUAGAUCUAAAAGGUACCAAACCGGAUAGUAUACGCGAUACUCAGAAAUUUUGUGAAGCUACACAAGCAGCUUUAUCAGGACGCGAUAAAUAUGAAAAUCAAAAAUUAUCGUGUCAAAUCACAGUUCAUGAAAGUAACGCCAAGUUCAUAUGGAAAUGGUCAAUGCAACAAACUGGAGCAUCCGCAAUGGCCUUACAAUUCACACUUGGAAAUAUUUCACUAUUUCCUGUUUCACAAUUUGAAACCGUAAAGAUGUGGCAAGAAUGGACGGAUUAUUUUAUUGAAGAAAGAAAUCAACUCAUAAAAAGUAAAAAUGUGUAUGAUAUACGUGUUAAUGAUUUGGAGCAAUUUAGAGAUCAAAUGCAAGAAAAGAUUGAAGUUAUGACUAUUGAAAAGAUACGUAAUCAAGAAUUGUUAAUAGAAAAGUUCAAGAAAGUUCUGAAUACCAAGAAAAAGAAAGUGAAAAGGUUGAUGAAAGACCUUUUUUUAGGUUCCAUCAUGUCAUCAACUUUUCAAGCAAAUUUAAAUAAUCCCUCAGAUGAAUAUUUAGAUGAAAAUGAGUUAGAAGAAGAGGAGUUUCAUGAAAGUAAACCUGGCAGGAAAGAUAUUGCCCGUGGUAAAUCUUCAUCAAAAUCUAGACCUUUUUCUAUUGAAGUCUCUUCUCCUUCUAAAAAAGCCAAAUUAGAUGAUGUGUCUGAGUCAAAGAGUACAAUUGUAAGCGAUUCGACAAACGAAGAUCAAGAAGUAAAACAAAAACCCGAAUCUGUUUUAACUAAAACUUUUCGUGGUCAAGUGAUUAAAUCAAGAAGGAUGGGACGAAAACUUGCUUCAGGAUCAAAUGAUUCAUUAAACAAUAUUUUGAUUCCUUCUGAAGAACAUGAACCUGAUUCCUCUCAAUCUUAUAGCCCCGAGAUCGAAGAAUUGAAUGAGACUGAAUCAGCAGAUGACUUAUUAGCUCACAUGUAA